AUGACUGCUACUACUGCUGUUACUACUACUACUACUACUACUACUUCUGCUACUGCUACAGCACCUAUCCAAGAUAAUAAUAGUAAUAAUACUUCUAGUACAAGAAAUAAUAAUACCAAUACUGGCAGCCAUCAUCCUAAUGAGAAUAAUCGAAACGACAUAUUUGAGAGCAGAAGUUAUGAUACCGGAUCUGCUAUCAAUGAGGAUGAUACGUGUGAACCACAGAUCUUUGAAAGAAACGUAGAAGAUCCCUACAUUUUAACUAAGACUGCUUCCAAUUCUAAUUUAGGUUUGAACUUAUCAAGAAAUGCAAGUCAUACAAGCUUGUUACAAAGAAGAAUUAGUACUUCAAGUUCUGCCUCAAAUAGACCGCGCUACUUCUCUACUUCGAACUUAAAUACUUUGACUCCUCAGUUAACUAAUUCAUCUUCUGCAUCUUUAUCAUUAUCGAGAUCUGGGUCGAGAUCUUAUAACAAUCCUGACAACGCUCCCGGAUCCCCAGAUUAUGUCCUACCAAAUCACAAUUCUCUGGACCAUCAUCAUAAUUUGGAAAAUUUCGUGCCUCCGGCACUAGAUGCAGGUUGUUCCAUAGUUACUGAUAAAGAUACAAAUCUAGAUGAUAUUGACAUGAUAUAUUCUAAAAGACCUUCCACUAUAGGUUUGGAUCUGGCUUUAGGUAGAACUAGCAGUUUCUCUACUUUGAUAGAUAACAAUAAUUAUACCAAUUACGACGAAGAUUAUAAUAACGAAAUGAAUAAUCCUUCCAUAUCUUUAAAUGGUACCAAUACAAAUUUAUCUAAUUCAAGCAAUAACAAUGACAAAAAUAUCAAUAAUAAUGGCCGUAACAGCCCACGAUUAUUAAGAUUUUACUCAUACGUUGAUAUGCUUUCAGAUGAAAAUAUACGCAGAAAUUCUACUAAUAAUAACAAUAACACUAUAAAUGGCAGUGUUAGUAAUAAUCCUAUUGGUUCGAAUAGAUAUGUUGGGGGUAUCCCAAACAAUAACGCAUAUUAUACAAAUCGUCAUAGACCUUCUUUAAUUAAUCAUUAUUCCUCUGGGUACAAUCAAAAUUUUCGUCUUCAUUUAAAUCAAAAGCAAAUGCAAAAUGAUUUAUCCGCUUCUCCGUCAACAUCACCAACUCAAUUCACAAAUCCAUUCGUCCCAUCAAACGUUAAUCAAAAUAGCUUAUUAAGAAGAUAUUCUAAUACUAAUUCGCCCUUCAAUAACACAGCAACGACAAAUGGUAAUACCAAGCCCAAUAAUAAUAUAUUAUUACGAAAAUCAAUUACCAACACAAAUCCCCUAGUUAAAUUACCUUCUAAUAGUCUUUCAACCACAUUUAUGAAGUCAGAUAAAGUUUCAAACAAUACCGAUAAAAAUGAAAGCAAGAAGAAUAAAUUACUGAAAAAUUCAAGAUUCCAUAUAGAUUCUAGUGGAAGUGAAGAUACAUCAACAGACGAAGAGGAAAAUUAUGAUGAUAACAUCAAAGAUGAUGCUAAAAUGUACGAUGAUGUAUUUGAAGAGUGUAAUCCGGAGGCUUUAACUGACACUGCUAAUAAUAAUAGUGUAUCAUUAAAGCAGCCAUUUUCUCCGCCAUCUAGCUAUUCAAAUGUACUUGGAGCAAAGUCUGGAGUUUCUUCUUAUGUAAGUCAACAACAGAAGCAAGUUCGACCUCGUACUUUAAGUCAUGUUAGACAUUCAACGUCACCAAACAUCAGUUUUAAUACAACUGCAACUAAUAAUUUAUCAUCUACCCUCUUUAGACCAAGAACAUUAUCCAAUUCCACAAGAACCCCAGUAAUAAAUUCAGCAGCAGCGGCAACGAGAUCACCACCACAAGUCAAUAAAAAUGAUCUAUUUAAAAUACAAACAACAGAGCCGGUGGCCAAUUUUUCAUCUUUGUCUUCAACAUCACAAGCGCCAAUGAUAGACGAGAAUUUGCAAACUGAAAGAUUAAGUGAUGUAUUAAGAAGGAGAGUGUAUGUGAGUAAUAGUCUCAGUAACAAUAACUCAAGAUCAUCAAGUCAACCAUCAUCACCUUCCCCGCCUUCCAUGUCAUCAUUUUCAAGUCCAAUACAAAAGCACAGUAGCGUAAACAAUAGUAGUAUUAGUAAUAGCAGCGGUAUUUUUACGCAUGACGAUCUCAAGGAAAAUGCAGAUGCAAAUGUAUCGAAUUCAAACUCGAAUUCAAACUCUACCAUUACAGCGAUAGGUUCCUCCAAAUAA